CGCUCUUGUGGACACGGACGUGAGGUGGACUCCUUACACUACAGCCGACAUUUACGCCCGGGCACCGAGCGGUCUUUCGUCCUUAUGCCUGCGAGAUCACGAGUACUGGAUGACGAGGAAGCCGAUCCUUUACGACAUCCACGUCGAGGAGUACCACGUUCACCGGGUUAUGAGGCAGUUCGGUCUCUACCAGCAGACCCCGGUCCCGAUUGUGCACUCAGUGGAUGCCCACGUCCACAGGUGGACACGGCAGGGUCAGCCACCAGGCUCGCGGUGGGCCGACAAGGUCCGUCCUUACGUCGACUCUUGGGCCGCGGCCCUCGACGACGUCGUUUUCGAGGAUCGGCCGCACAGCGACGAGGCGUUCGCGGACUACCUACGGUGGUACCUGCCGAGGACGCGCACACGUGUCGUGCACGUUCCACCAGAGGCUCCGAUCGAGGCCGCAAGGGUGUCGGAGACGUACCCCAUAGUUCGAGAUCAGAACUUCGCCAUAGCGUACGAUGUCAUACGAGCGAUUGAGUCCGAGGCUUUGUCGAGUAUGGGCCAGUACCAUGACAUGACGCCCGCCCAGCACCAGAGCACACUGCAGAAGAUCGUCGAUAUGUGCAAGUGA